AUGCGCGACGCUCAGCAUGUAAUCGGAUGGCUAAAUCCAUCGUCUCAAUGUGAGAUUACGACGGACUGCGAGGACAGUGAUGAGGCCGCGGAAUAUGAUCGAAUAGGCUUGUUCAGGGAAAUAGAUCUUGAAUCAGAUCAUCGUGAUUUUCUCGUUGAUAUAGCAUACUAUCCGAUUACUACAGCGACAGAUUGGUUGUCACUAGGUGGCUAUCGUGCGUUUACAAUCACUAAUCUUUUCCUAAUAGAAAUUUUCUAUAACGAUCGGCUGGCUACAGAAGUUCUUCCUCUUUCUGCUUACCUAGUUGCAGUAACUGUAUCGAAACGCAAAAUUUGUCGUGACCAGCUCGAAGUGCUUUCUGUGGCUGCUGUACGUUUAGCAUCCAAAAUUGAGUCACAGUACGCUCUUAAUCCUGAGAUGUGCGAAGAAUUUGAUUUUUCGAAACUUAAUAAAAUGGAAAGAGAUAUCUGCCGGGCAACAGACUUUCAGUUCCAUCGCUGCAGUGCGCUCUUCUUUAUGCGUAUAAUACAGAAACUUGUAGAGCGACACUCAUGGCAAUGGAAGUUUGCCAAGAUUGCUAGCCAGCUGGCAGGUUGCCAGAUGGAAUUAGCCAUGUUGCGGCCAACACUUCUUGCCGGAGUUGUAAUGCGCUUAUGUUGCCUUCUUGUCAGUGACGAUGAAUGGGCCAUCUUCCACUACUACAUCUGA